AUGGAAUUUCAAGUAAAAGAAGUUAUUCUAGCACCUAAUAGAAGAGGACGUAAGAAACUACUUAGAAGAGAGAAAUUGAAAAAUCAAAACGAUAUGUGGCUAAAGGACCUCCAAAAAAUACCACAAUGCGUACAUAGAAAUUUAAAACAGGGUUAUAAAUAUAACGAGUUGACGACUCAAGACUAUACUCAAACUCCAAAAAAAGAAGGCAAAAAAACUCAAACAAUAUGUUAUUUUAUUCCAAAGUACGCAUCAACUGUUGGCGGUAAAUGCUCCAUCAAAUUAAAAAAAGUAUGCCAAAAAGCAAUGACCACACUUUUAGGAAUAUCUAAAGACAUAAUACAAAGAAUUUGCAAAAGACAUUUAACUACUAUGGAACUGCCGAAAGAAAGAAGAGGUGGUGAUAGAAGAUCUUCACAGUAUUCAGGUCGUACAGAAUCUGUUAAGUGA